ACAAGCCAGACCCAGUUCUCCCGUUACGCUGUUUUUGUAUAUAAAUCCUCACAACUUGUUUGUACCACGGAAUCUCACACUAGCACUGGAUAUAGAACAGCCAUUUCUAUAUAACUCUCUCUCUCUCUCUCUCUCUCUCUCUCUCUCCCUCUGCAGUUCGAGCGAGCUAGAGAGCAACAACAAUGGAGGCGUUUUACUAUUUGGUAUUCGGGGCAUUAGCCGCGGUGGUGGCAGCGCUUGAGCUGAGCAAAACCAACAAGGAUCGAAUCAACACUUCUUCCACUUUCGAAUCAUUCAAGAACAAUUAUCUUCUUGUUUACUCUCUCAUGAUGGCGGGUGACUGGCUGCAGGGUCCUUAUGUAUACUUCCUUUACAGUCAAUAUGGGUUCGGAAAAGGGGAGAUUGGCCAGCUUUUCAUUGCUGGUUUUGGAUCCUCCAUGUUGUUCGGGACAAUUGUUGGAUCUCUAGCUGACAAACAGGGUCGAAAGAGGGCGUGUGUAACUUACUGCAUAACUUACAUACUGAGCUGCAUCACCAAGCAUUCUCCUGAAUACAAGGUUUUGAUGAUAGGCCGUGUUUUGGGUGGUAUUGCAACUUCUCUCUUGUUUUCAGCAUUUGAAUCCUGGCUUGUUGCAGAGCACAACAAGAGAGGCUUUGAGCAACAAUGGUUAUCACUGACAUUCUCCAAGGCUAUAUUUCUUGGCAAUGGCUUAGUUGCUAUUGUAUCUGGAUUGUUUGGAAAUCUUCUUGUCGACUCAUUUUCUCUUGGUCCUGUGGCUCCAUUUGAUGCUGCUGCAUGCUUUCUUGCAAUUGGUAUGGCCAUUAUUUUUUCAUCUUGGACUGAGAACUAUGGAGAUCCUUCGGAGAACAAGGACUUACUUACCCAAUUCAAGGGUGCUGCUGUUGCCAUUGCUUCUGAUGAGAAAAUUGCUUUGCUGGGUGCCAUCCAAUCUCUCUUUGAAGGUUCGAUGUACACAUUUGUGUUCCUUUGGACCCCAGCUCUUAGCCCAAAUAGCGAGGAUAUUCCACAUGGUUUUAUUUUUGCAACAUUCAUGCUGGCGUCCAUGCUUGGAAGUUCCCUUGCCUCCCGGUUGAUGGCUCGCUCUUCACUCAGAGUGGAGAGUUACAUGCAGAUAGUUUUUGUAGUUUCUGCUGCUGCCCUUUUGCUUCCCAUUGUAACCAAUUUCUUGGUAGCACCUUCCAAGGUGAAAGGUGGGAGCAUUUCAUUUUCAGGUUGCAUCCAGCUGCUUGGCUUCUGUACAUUUGAGUCUUGUGUCGGAAUAUUCUGGCCAUCCAUUAUGAAAAUGAGGUCUCAGUACAUUCCUGAGGAGGCUAGGAGCACCAUCAUGAACUUCUUCCGCAUUCCUCUAAAUAUCUUUGUUUGUGUCGUGCUGUACAAUGUUGAUGCGUUUCCCAUCACUGUUAUGUUCAGUAUGUGCUCAAUUUUCCUCUUUGUCGCAUCAAUAUUGCAAAGGCGGCUCAGGGUGAUAGCUGACAAGCCAAAGACAGGAGACUGGACCCAAUUGAAGGAAAGGGACACCGAAGCAGAACCGCUAAACAUUUGAUAAAUGUCAAACUGACACACUCUCUGCACAUCUUGACAGGUUGAAGACAACCCACUUGAUUCAGUCUCAUACACUUUUUGCUGUUUGUAUUUGGUUUUAAUAGCAGACUAAAGGGGGCUUACAAAGAAAAAAGGGCAGCCUGAGGUUUUGUUUACUGUUUUUGGCUCUCAAUAGAUCAAGCCAAGUAGUGCCUCAAUUAGCCAAGUUUUAGCUAUUAUUACUUUAGGAAAUCAAAAUCUCUUCUUUAUAAUUCUAAUAUCAUUCUUUUCUGUUCUGGGGAUCUCUUAUUUGAAUUGGAAAGUAAACUCUCUCCUACUCUAUUCUCGAAUUCCAAUGGCUUCUAAAUCUCUAGUAAUAACAACAUGGAAGCAUUGUUUAUUCA